UCAAUCAUUUUCACAUCUCAGUUUCCUCUCUCUUUCUCUAUCCCUAUUGCCCGACAGCCAUGCACUGCCCCCGGCCUCACGUUUCUUCUCCAUCCGUUUUGGCGGCAGCUGCCGUCUCCGCCGCGUUUGACUUAAAACCAGCCAAACGUCGUGGCAGUUGCGGGCUGCCCAAGAAAGGCCAUUUUUGUCAAACUAUUUCUAGAACCAUCUCAACCAUUCCAUGCAUGAGCAUGCAUGGAAGCACGCCUGGGACUGCUGCACAAAUAUGCAAUACAGUAACUCUCAACACACACCAACCUCGACUCCAGCCGUCGAAACUUCCUCAUCCUCAUUCCGCACGUCAGCCAUACUCCCAUCUCCGACGUUCACUUGACUUUGACGACAUCGGUAUCCUCUGUUAUUCGUCGGACCUUGAUAUAGACGGCUACGAUAAUACUUUCCCCGACAGGGAUCUGGACCUGGAUAGUGAAAUAAUCCCCGGUGGAUUACCCUUCGGGUGUAUGUGGGAGAUUCUGAGGAGAUUACCGCCGGCGGGGAUGUUGGCAGCUGGGAGCGUGUGUAAAGGGUGGCGGGAAACGACUAAGAGACUAUGGAGGGUGGAGGAGGAACUGAGGCUUUUUGUCCCACCUAAGGCUCGACUGAGGUUCAUCAGAUCGGUUUUACAGAAAUGUCCGAGCCUUACUGAACUUUCUCUUAAAGUAGAAAGGGAUUUGGAAGCAACAAUGCUGGCCUGCAUUGCCUUUUCUUGCCCUAAUAUGGAGUCCAUUGAGAUUUCUACAUCGGAUGCAGCUGUCAAUAGGAUCACUGGGUAUAAAUUCUUGCAUUUUUUGGCCUUCUCGUAA